AUGCAUGUCAUCCUUACUGGUGCAACUGGCCUUGUUGGCUCUGGUGUCCUCGAUGCCAUGUUGAAAACUAAGGACAUCACCAAAAUCUCCAUCCUCAGCCGUCGUCCCGUGCCAAUGGCCACUGACUCCAAAGACCCACGCGUCAAUGUCAUCAUUCACAACGACUUUGCCACGUACAAGCCUGAGGUCCUGCGCGAACUAGCUGGUGCUCGUGGCUGCGUCUGGGCACUGGGUAUCAGCCAGAACAAGGUCACCAAGGAAGACUACGUUCGCAUCACAAAGGACUACGCGCUCGAGGCCGCAAAGGCCUUUUCCACGCUGGCAGACGAGGGGGAGGAACCCUUCCGGUUCGUCUACGUGUCUGGCGAGGGAGCAACACAGUCCCCAGGUAGAUUCUCGCCCAUUUUCGCGCGGGUCAAGGGAGAGACAGAGACAGCGCUCGGGGAGAUGUCGACCAAGAUCUCGACGCUGCAGGCAGACUCUGUUCGACCGGCGUUUGUGGAUGCGGCUGCGCAUGAAGCCAUCCAGAAGUACAUCCCCGACCCUGGCGCCAUGUACCGAGGCAUGAUCACCGUCCUUGGACCUCCCAUGAGAGCUUUUUACAAGAGCGGUCACUCCCCCACACCAAUCCUCGGAGAUUUCCUGACGAAAAUGGCCAUGGGCAAGGUUGACGGCCAAAUCGAGGGUCCUGGAGCGUUCCGACUAGGGGGUUCCUGGAUUGUGGAGAACGUCGGCUUCAGGCGCGUGAUGGGUCUGUGA